AUGUCUCACGGAAAGCAGUUCACCCUCUACACCCACAAGGGCGGCCCCAAUGGCUGGAAGGUUGCGUUCGUCCUCGAGGAGCUCGGCCUGACGUACGAGAGUGUCUUCCUCGAUUUUGGCAAGCAGGAGCAGAAGUCCCCCUCAUUCACCAAGUACAACCCGAACGGGCGCAUCCCGGCGGUGAUCGACCACAAGAACAACGACUUCGUCGUCUGGGAGUCGAACGCGAUCCUCAUCUACCUCGCUGAGAAGUACGACACGGCGCACCGCAUAUCCGCGGUUACGCCUGAGGACAAGAUCUUCCAGCUACAGUGGCUCUUCUUCCAGGCUUCGGGCCAGGGCCCGUACUUCGGUCAGGCCAUUUGGUUCAAGGUCUACCACCCUGAGAAGCUCCCCAGCGCGUUGGAGCGUUACCAGAAGGAGACCCUGCGUGUGAUCUCCGUCCUCGACGGUGUCCUCGCUAAGCAGGAGUGGCUUGUUGGCGGAAAGUUGUCCAUCGCCGACAUCUCCUUUGUCACGUGGAAUAACGCUGCUGUGGGCGCGAUCGCUCCUGAUAUCGAAGGGGCAAAUUUGGAGAAGGACUACCCUUCGUUCUGGGCUUGGCAUCAGAAGCUUGUGGCCACGGAAUCUAUCAAGAAGGUGUUGGAAGCUAGGAACUCCGUCCAGUAG